AUGCCCGAGCACAGGAGUGACUGCGAGAGUCAAAUCAAGGGUUUUCCGAACGCGAAGUACCAGAAGUUCAACACCGCAGCGGAGGCGGAGGCGUUCGUGCACGGUGGGCCGGUCGCGGCACCGCGCGGUCAGACACCCGCGCCCGUCGUCGUAGCGUCGAAACCUGACGUGACAAGCCCGCCGCAAGCUGUGAUCCAGAAGCCGGAGGAAGAUGAGGUGGGGUGGGACGUGGUCUACAGCGACGGGGCGUGUCGAGGGAACGGGAAGGAUGGCGCUCUUGCUGGGAUCGGCGUGUGGUGGGGAAGGAACGAUCCGAGAAACUUAUCCGAGCGAUGCCCAGGCGACCAGACGAACAACCGCGCAGAGCUCAUCGCCAUCGCGCGCGUCCUCGAAACCACCGCCCCAGGGCCGAAACCCCUGCUCAUCAAGACCGACUCGCAAUACUCCAUAAACUGCUUCCACCAAUGGCUCCCGAACUGGACGCGCAACAACUGGCGCGCGGCCUCCGGCCAGCCGGUCAAGAACAAGGAGCUCAUCCAGUACCUCGCCGCGCUGCUCGAGGCGCGCGCGCGCGCGGGGAAGGUGCGCCUGAAGUACGUCGCGGGACACGCGGGCGUCGAGGGCAACGAGGGCGGGGACGCGCUCGCGGUCGCCGGCGCGUAUCUGCCCGCGCAGCCGGAGAGGGACUGGGCGGGGCUGAGGCGGGGCGUGGAAGAAGGGGUGAAGGCGGUGCAGGCGAUGAAGAGCGUGCCGAAGCCGCUGCCGGUGGAGUUUGAGGUGUAUGAGAGUGAUUUGUGGAGCGACGAGGAGAUGGAGCGGAUUAUGCGGGAGGAGCAGUGAUGCCAGGUUCGUAUCCGCUGUCGGUGUAUAGUGCUCGUGAUCAAGUCUGUUUCUCGGUCGAACGCUAGUCGCAAGGAUGUGCGAGCUGUAUGCGUACGGAGUUGUAAUGUUCGAUGUAUCACCUCUGCCAUAUCUUGAUGCGUUCUGCUUCGACAAUCCGAGUCCCAGAGGGUAUAGGUGGCGGAAGCGUCUGUGGGUGUAUGUCACGCGGACGCAUGGCAAUA